CCUUACCUAUGGUACCUUACCUAUGUAUACCUAGGUACCUACCUAGGUAGGUAUGUGUAUACUCCUCCUACUACGAGUAUAGCAUUCUUCUGAAAGGUCAAACUACUAGUACACGCAUUAUUUUCCACAUUCGAAAGGAAUUGAGACCCCUUACGCUGCACGAGAAGACAGAAGAGCAGCGAAUCCCCGUUGAAGGCUCGGGCCAUAUUAUCAGUAACCCGGGUUGUACGACCCGGGCAAGAUCGAGGUUUUCGAAUCAAGGUACCAAGUUGUUGCGAAGCAGGGUCCUGGGAUUCGACGGGGGUUCGAGUGAAACAGUGUGGCUGUGUAGGGAUUUGAGAUAUGUUACCACUACCUCGCGCUAGUAAAGAAUACAGCCACCUUGCCUGUCCGGCUCCAAGCCUCACCUUGCAAGGACUACUACGCGCUCGAGCUUCUCAUCAAUGAAAGCGUCACGGUCGUCGUCGGCCUUGCUGCGGAUCCUUAGGACAAGACGAAGCGGAAACACAGCCUUUCCUGUCUUCAGAUUCACACGAUGGAUUUAUCCGACACUAUGUCCUCUCACCGUCCCUGGUUCACUGCAGUGCCAGCAGUUACCAAUGGCCUUUUCCGUUUCCACCAGGGCGAUUUCCAGCCUGCCCCGCACCUUUCCAACCGACGGCUUUGAAAUGCUUCCAUUGCAUGAGAAGUAUGAAGAGGAGGGGAUCCCAGGCUACAAAGCCGAACGCUUCUACCCCGUGCGGCUCGGCGAGGUCUUUGAAUCACGAUACCAGGUCGUUGCCAAGUUGGGGUUUGGUACAGUUUCUACCGUCUGGCUGUGUCGAGAUCUCGAAGAAAAUGUCCUUCUCACGCUCAAAGUCUGCAUUGCUGGUGAGGAUUGUACGAGUGAAUUCGCUGUCUCAGACCUUGUCAAUUCAACCGAUGGAAACCACCCCGGCAAAGCAAGAUUGCGCAUAGUUCUCAACCACUUUCAGAUCCAGGGCCAUAAUGGAACUACUCAUCGAUGUCUACUCUAUACACCACUCGGCUUGACCGAGACCGACUUUCGAAACUUGUUGCCGGAAAAGGUCUUUAGCAAGGGACUCCUACAACAAAGCUUACUUUUGAUUUUGGGUGGUUUGGACUUUUUGCACCAAAUAGGUGUGGUACAUACAGAUCUAUCGCCAAACAAUAUCCUUCUGGGUAUCAGAGAUGACGACGACGCAAUUGCCAAAGUGGAACGCGCGGAACAGGAAAAUCCGUCUGCUCGAAAGGUUCUUCCCGAUGGUCGAGUCAUCCACCUUUCCUACACUAUGCCGCUUACCGAUGGCGAGCCUAUGAUUACCGACUUUGGCGCCGCUCGGUUGGGUGAGCCAGGCAAGAAGCAGAAGUUUGUGGGAGAUGUCAUGCCGGGUUUUUAUAGGGCGCCAGAAAUCAUUUUGGGUAUGGAAUGGGAUGAUAAGAUUGAUAUUUGGGCUGUUGGACUCAUGAUGUGGGAUCUCUUGGAAGGACACCGACUCUUCCGUGCAGUAAAGGACGGCUACCUCGAUGACGAGUUACACCUUGCCGAGAUGGUCGCGCUGAUGGGUCCGCCGCCGAAGGAGGCUUUGGAACGGGCUCGGGCCCAAGAAAGGAGCAGUGCCAGUCGAUACUGGGACGAUCAAGGCAACUGGAUCGCCUCGACGCCGAUCCCAAACCAAAGCCUUGAAACGCUCGAGAGUCGUCUGGACGGUAACGACAAAAUGUUGUUCCUUGCCUUGAUGCGCAAAAUUCUCCGCUGGCGUCCUGAAGAUAGGCCGUCUGCGUUGGAGCUUCUGGAGGAUGAAUUCUUGUGCCAGUGCAUACCACCACCCUGACCAAAACGUCAACUUCCUCAGGAGUCAUUGGGACUUGACUUGCAUUGCAUUGCAUUGCAGUAAUGUACAAAGAUUUCCAUGCAAUGCACAUCCAAUCACAUGUUGGCGUGGUAUGGUAGAGUGAGGUAGAGAAAUGAAAUAAUGAUAGAUUUUGAGCUUGACCUUAGCUAAGCCAGGCUGGGCUGGGCCAGGCAAGGCAGCAUGGUUGGACUUGGUUGAUCGAGCCCUGCAUUUUUAUCCAAGAUCAUCAUGAUCCCAUUGGCGGCGGGAGAGUUUCAAAGGCAGAGAGAGUGGAAUCCAUCUGCUGGAGAUAAAGGGAAUACGAAGACAAAAAGGAAAAAAACAAAGCACGCGGAAAAAAAGUGUAGUGCAUUCUUUGGCAUCAUGAUUCUUUACUAUUCCCUAGAAACUUGCAGCAGCUAUCCUAGUAUGUCUGAAGGUGUCCGAGUCUCCUGCCACAAUGUUGAAUUGUGCAUAAUUAGUACUAGUAGUAUCCAACCAAAAACAUGGAAUUAAU